GGGCAUCGCAUUUCACAUCUGGAGAAAGCAGAUGUUGCGCUUUUUGGGAGCUGGCGCUGCGUUUCCGCGCUGUCAUUGUUUCCGUUUCCACCUCCGAGAAGCCUCACGCCUCCACAUUAUCUUUUUUGUUUUGCCUUGAACCCGCUGUGUGACGUGGUAGUUUGGGGCUAUCUGAAGUUUGAGGAGUGUUUGUAGCUUUUUUUUUCCUUCUCCAACCAUGGGGGACAUCGAGGCUCCCAACUCGAAUCGGCCGCGCCAGAAUGUCCUGCUCUCCAUUCUCCCGAGCAAAGAGUUCGCCUCCUCCAGAAAAGGAAUGCUGCUCAUUGCUGAAGUGGCACUGACCUUUAUAUCAUUUGUGUGCUUCGCGGCAUCCCGGGCAGCAGCCUUUGUGACGGUUCCACUGUUUGAGUUCCUGGCUGCUCUCUUCUUGCUGUUCGCUUACGCCACCAAAUUCAAUGAGAGGUUUAAAGGCUUCCUCUGGCCUCUUAUGGAUUUCAUGAGAUGUGUGACAGCCUCCAUCAUCUUCUUCAUCAUCUCCAUAAUUGCAGUGUCCAAAUAUGCAGAUGGUUCCUCUAAGGCUGCUGGGAUAUUUGGGUUCAUUGCCACCAUCGUUUUCGCUUUAGAUUUUUACCACAUUUUCAAUGAGCUGGCCGCUUUCCUAAAGCAAGGAGGAGGAGAGUCCAAUGAUGAGCCAUCAAGGCAGCAAGAUGAGCUUUCAGACUCUGAUUCGGACUGAGACCACGAACCACCACCACGAGAUCUUCACCAGAGGACAUGUUAGAUCAUCCAAAACAAACCUUUGCAGGAGAAAUGGCCACUGCUGAGCUAUCAUCUGCAAACAAUUGUUGGUUAUUUACAUACAUUUAUUGAUCGUUGGGGGACUUAGUCUCCUCGAGUCAAACACGUACAAAGAGGGGGAACCAGAUCCUUUUCACUUUGAAACAGUUUCUUCUGUGGAGCAUCCAAAGGUGGAAAUGUGUUUAGUCAUUUCAAAACAUUCGGGUAACAAGUCUAAACUGAUGUGCCACAUAUGUUGGUCUUUUUAAGUUGCUAAUUCACUGGUCAUUACAAGUAGUUUUUAGAAUAAUGCAAACAUGCUCUGUUCUUUCUCGUGCCCAAACUCAUAAGAUGAUGUGGGAAACAUAAAAAAUGCCAGCCUGAUACUGAAAUGAUGAUAAAGCUGUGAAAUUGUUUGGUCUCAUUGUAGUGAGUUCUUAGAGACUGUUUGUACGAUCUGCACGUGGGAGAAUGUGACUGAAUCUGAAAUAAUGACUGAUAUUUACUUUUAGGCUUGUGACCCUAUUUACACACACAUUAAACUACAACACUAGAUUCAUUUUCUUAGUGAGUACUAAUACUGAAGUAUGUAACUGGGGCACCAUCAUCAUCAUUUAUAAAUUUACAGUAUUACUAUAAAGACAUAUGUACAGAAUAUAGAGGAACAGAUUGGUUGCAGGUUGGCUGGUUACAACCUCUGUCCAGUUGUCUAAACUCUGCAAGAGUGUAUUUUUAUAAUUUGAGGAUGUUUCUUUAAAUUCAACUUUAGGGUCAGCAGCUUUCCUGUGACCAUGACAACCUUUUUGGGGCUGCUGUAACAUUGUUUAUAUGUCCCAAAACCUUUUAUGUUUCAGAGUUGUGAUGAAUCUUAGCAACCAAACCUGUUGAAUUAACCCAAAGUCUGAGAGACUCUCUGCUCUUGUGUUUUAGUUUGUCUGCUGUACAACCUGUGUGUGUGAAUAAUAACAGUGUAUUGAAGCCACUUAAUGCAUUAGUAUUUUUGUUGUGAAUCUUUUUUUUUGUAUUGAAAAGUAACUUUGCUUGCUGUGGUUGUGCAUUCACUUUUUUUGGGGGCGGAUGUAUGUUGGAUUCUUCAGUUCUUCCACUGCCACUACUGAAGACUUAGCCGCACCAGAACGCCACGGUGACUGUUGAUGUAAUAAACACUGCACUGCAUGAGUGUUACAACAGCACUGUGAAUAAAACAUGGAUGAAACAGUU